AGCCAGGUUGAUGGCAUAGUUCCACGGCGCUUUAGGUCCGGAUGAAUCAGACAUGGACCGGGUGAGGAUCACGGGCUAUAGUGCAUACGACGCGACCCCGAAACACAGUCUGGAGUGGCCAAACUGUGGACAGCCUUCUUGCGCGGUGAGAGCAUAGACAACGAGAAACGCCACACAGACACACCUGGUGGUUUACAAGGACCCGUUUUCGUGCCUGGACUGGUUUCCUGCUGUUUCCACUCGUUUGCGGCCGAAUCUACCAAAGAUAAUCACAGCUACAACGUAGAAGUACUGAUUCCGGUUAAGCAGCAUCACUUUGCGCAGAGACGAGCGAGUGGAGGCACCAAGCAUCUCUGUCAAACAUGGACUCCUUCCAGUGCACCAAACUCGUCCCAGUCAUUGUUGUGCUGUUGUUGAAUAGAUCGCUCGCCAAGAGCCAAGGGGGACAAGACGACAGGAAUACAGACUCGAUUCAAAUAGAGGAAAGUAACUCCUACAUUCUGGACAAAGAUUUGCCAAAGUUUGGAGAACCCAUUCAGAAUCUUACAGUGCCGCUUGGUCGAGAAGCUGUACUAACAUGUGUCAUCAACAAUCUUCAAACGUACAAGGUCGCGUGGCUCCGAGUGGACACUCAAACGAUUCUGACAAUUCAGACGCACGUCAUCACCAAAAACCAUCGCAUGGCUGUUGCUCACGUCGAAGGUCGAGCCUGGGUGCUGCGUAUUCGCGAUGUGAAGGAAUCUGACAAGGGAUGGUACAUGUGCCAGGUCAAUACAGAUCCGAUGCGCAACCAAAUCGGGUACCUGAAUGUCGUUGUGCCGCCAAACAUACUGGACUAUCCAACCAGCACCGAUAUGGUUGUACGCGAGGGAAGUAAUGUAACAUUAAAAUGUGCCGCUUCCGGUUCCCCGACGCCUUCCAUUAUCUGGCGCCGCGAAGGCAACGAACCGAUCAACACGGGAGCUGCAACUAGCCUGAACAGCUCCUCCUUUUCCAUUUCCCGAGUUAAUCGACUGCAUAUGGGUGCAUAUUUGUGCAUCGCGUCCAACGGCAUUCCGCCAUCGGUCAGCAAGCGUGUCAUGUUGAUUGUGCACUUUCCACCAAUGAUAUGGAUCCAGGAUCAGCUUGUAGGCGCAGCCCUGAGACAGCGAUUGACUCUCGAAUGUCAAUCGGAAGCUUACCCACGUUCUAUCAAUUAUUGGAUGAAGAAUGAAACCAUCAUAACCCAAGGUAAACGCUUCGAGCCGUCUAUUAAGGAAAUCAACAGCUACAAAGUGGUCAUGAAGCUUACAAUCAAGGAGAUCGAUAUCGCUGACUUUGGAACAUACAAGUGCGUUGUGAAGAAUUCCUUAGGCGAAACGGAUGGAACUAUUAAAGUUUACCAUAUUCCUUCUACUACCGUAAUGGCAACAAGUCCCCCAGCAACGACAACAGUUGCAGCAACGACAGCAGAAAGCACCUACCGGAAAACCUAUAAAAUCAAGGGUCACCACCCAUCGAUCGACGAUUUUUCUGCUUCGUCCAACAAAAUUCUUGGCACUGGCGAAAGUUCUGAGUUGUGGAAUGUCGACGGAACAAUCGAAGGUCGAGAUCAUCGGUACAGGGACAACGGUGCAAGCUUUAGUGACGAUCAGCGCGAAAAGGAGGCUUUCAUCGACACAGAAAGUAACUCUCGAGGCAUCAUGCAUCAUACCACGAUUAGAAACACUCACCUGAUAGCGGUGUGUUACAUUGUGGUAGCCACUGCACUCACCUUUAGGUGAUUGACAUGCUAGUUUAAUUAGUCAACUGCAACCUCGAUUGUAGCAUCUUUAGUACAGCAUAAGAAGCAGUUGUUUCAGUUUGGGUAACGGAUAUAACAGGCCAAACUAUUUAAAGAAACAAUUACGCAUGGCGAUAGUGUUGAAAGCAAAGUAAAUCCAAAACGUAAACUCUUCAUAAGUGAGGACAAACGAAGAUAGAAGAUUAAAAUUGGAGCAGUCUGUUUAGAAAGCAAUGUUAA